AUGGACGGUGCGAACAGCCGACUCGAGAAUGCCGACGUGGCGGGGGGUCUACUGGCUACGGACUUGGCCCUCACGUUGACGCCGCCCGUCGCCACUUCUAGAAGGGGAGACCCCGCUUCGCGAAUCGUUCCAUCGCGAGACGCCGACGAGGUGCUUUCCCGAAGCGCGUCAAACACGAGGCCAGCGGCACAGGCGGCGCAGCUGUCAAGGUUCCCCACGUCGAGCAGCCGAACGCGCAGCCCGCCGGCAGCUGCUGGAGGAUCCGUCGUGCUGAAUCAGUUCUUUGAGAAUUCUAAAAAAACGCGCAGUCCGCCGGCAGCUGGAGGCUCCGUCGUGGGCGGCUUGGGAAUGUCGCUGGAUCCUACUACCACUGAUGCUAACCGCCCUGCGGCCAAAGCUUCCCCCGAGGCUCUUCAACAGGUUCGGCAGCAGCCGCAGCAGCAGCAACACCCGGAGCAUCUACACGAGUACCAGCUACAAGAGAUUCUGUUCCGCUCGCGGCCGUUUUCCCCGUCUCUUCUUGCGGAGUCAGCUGGCCGAUUCGCGGCGCGGCAGCCAAACGAUGUGUUUCUCAGUCGUGGCGCGACACAUGAUCGUGGCAGCGCAGUCCCCCCACCGACGCGACCGCCGCAUUUUUUUGCUCCAAUCGGAGCUCGAGCUCCCUUUUCGGCGUCGCCCGAUUCGCCGGGCGGCUCCAAAAUUCCGCCGGCGCCGUCAGCGGCGCCGUUGACGUACGAUGCAGCAGCGGUGGUGGUGGAUUCCGUUGCGCAGUUUCUUCGAAGCCUCGGCGCGCCGCCCGCUCCUUCCGCCCUUCCUGGAGUUCCCCCCGCGAGUACCGCACCGUUCUCCGCUCCCCCACUUCCCCUUGCCAGAGCCUCUGCUCCUGAGGCUCUUUCCGCUCCCCCAACAUCAGCGUCUUCCGCUUCAGGCGCUUCGUUCGCCGACGCAAGCGCUGGGUCCGCAGCAGAGCUUGCCGCGCGGCUUUUGGGCGCGCCAGGCAGGAAUGCAGGGGGUCAAGAAAAUCUCGCGCUAUUGGGCCGGCUCUGGGGCGCCGCAGGACCCGCCCCACCGCCGCUGGCGCAAAUUAAGAGCGUCCGUGCAAGGGAGAGAAUGAGUGCAGGGCAGGGGUAUGGGGAAGAGGAGGAAAGAGAAUCCAGGGGAGCGGAAGGGGGAGAGCAGGGGGAAGCAGGUGAGAGGGGAACUGGGGGAGCAGAAGGGGAAGUGGAGGGGGAAGCAGCGUCAGCGGAAGGAGGGGAAGACGGGGAGGGGACUGGGAAUAAAAGAAAGAUGCGUCUAUCGCAGGAGCAGCAGGGCACAAUGGAAGCAGUAUUCAGGAAAACCCCACGGCUCACACCCAGGGAAAAGUGCGUGCUGGCAGGGCAGCUGGGCGUGCGGGUGAGGCAGGUGGAGGUGUGGUUUCAGAACCGCAGGGCGCGCACCAAGCAACAACAACAGGCAGAGCAGCAGCAGCAGCAGCAGCAGCAGCAGCAGCAGCAGCAGCAGCAGCAGCAGCAGCAGCAGCAGGGAGAGGUGCGAGAUGAAGGCGAGCAACGGAGACAAACUGGCCCAGGUGGCAGCAGAGAACAUACUACACAAGUGACAUGGAAGCUGUGCCGCUCCUGUGAAUCCCCUCAAAGGCCCUCGUUUCAAGCAGCAGCCAUGAGUCUGAAGCUCACAGAAGCAGCUCUACAGGUGACUUGCAUGCAAAGCAAGUCUGGACAGCAAGGCUUGGCUACUCCGAAUAGACAACAGCAGCUUAAGGAGCAGCAGCUGCGACCGCUCACGCAUCAACUGCAGCAAGCAGUGGAACAGCGUGUUGGAGCUGUGGCUGAAACUGCUGGGGUCAGUAGUAACUUUUUGGAUGAUGGAAGUGAGCGAGAUAGAGGUGUUGGGUCACCUACUGGUACAUCCCCAGGGUUAUUCCUCAAGCUUUGA